CAAAACUAGUACGACUAUUUAAGUAUGGCUGCCAACUCAAGGAAGUGGUAGAAUUAGAAUAGGUUUAUAAUACCAUUUUCUUUGUUACCUUUUCGUAAUUGAACAAACUUGAUCAUCUAUAAAGUCUAAUCUAAAAAUGGCUGGAUUUUUUGAAUGCAUAGGACGGACACCAUUUGCAUCUUUACUAGCAGCCUUAAUGGUCAUCAUAGGAACUAGUGUUUUUUGUGGGACUUCAUUCAAAGCCUUGCAAAUUAUGCUUAUUGGUGUUUUUCAAAAUUUGUUUGGAUUCUCUAUAAACUGGUUGGAAAUACUACAAGUAAUGUUUGUUGUCAUAGGUGUAGUGAUGGGCAUUUUUGCUAUAAUUCUACUUAUCUUUGGCUUUUUGGCUACUGGAGCUACUAGAAGCAAUAUCUACUCUGGUGCCAAAUGCAUUAUGGGAGGAAGAAUAGCUGGUGGAUUUUUUAUGAUAAUCUCCUACAUCUUGACACUUGGAUGGCUUGCUGUUUUGUCAGUAGGCAUGGUAACACUUGUUGUUUACGCUGCCAUGAACUCAAUUUGUAAUCGGGAGAUCUACAGUAAGACAGCUGAUGAACUGACUCAAUCCAAAUAUUGCUUCAACUUGACCAGAUUUGGAGUUUACAGGGAAGAGAAGAACACUGACCACAUUUGUGAACAUGCAAAUCUGAGAGCUUUAUGUAACAAGGUGGAAGAGGCAGGUCCAUUGUUCUGUGUGGCAUUUGGAGCAAUAGUUCUGGUUGUGGUUGGAAUGAUUCACUUUUUGAUAACUUUAGCAGCCAAUUACACACGAAUAAAAAUCUCAAAAGAGCUGACAGAAUACAGAGAUGCCGUAGAAAUGGAAGAACUGGAACUUCAUUCUACAGACAAAAAAACUCCACCUUUUAGGGAUGGCACUGAUAUAUAACACAGAUCCAUUUUUAUAAAUUACUCCCUUGUAUUAUACAUUCCCCUUUGUAUGAAUGAAAUUUGAUGGCAAUCUUUGUUUAUAGGUUGUCUGGGUUUGCCUUGAAAUGUGUCUAAUUUAAAUUCAGUUCCUUGAUCACAUAUCCAAUAAUAAGAAAAAGGAAAGUAGUGUCUGGUACAAUUAUGGCUAAUUGUUUACAGCACUUGUUGAUUUUAAAGUAGCAAUCUUACUGUAGAGUGAUUUUACUAUGAUUUUAAAGUAAACAAUACAUUUUUUUUACCUUAACAUAAAUAGUUAACCCUUUUCAGUCCUAUGUGGCGCCUGCUUUGCCAGAGAAUCUUUUAGUGUGGUAGUCCAGUGCACCUAUGGUCGCCCAAAUCAUAUGUAGUACAUUUAUUUACAUUUAGUAACCAAAGUUUAGUUGGUAUGA